UGCUGGACUCGGACCUACAGAACAGACCUCCGCUGUAACGAGCAGGUGAAAGUACUCUGCAGGAACUUUUCCCAUCAGAAGUGCCUCUUCCAGCACAGCUUUGUGGCAGCACCGAAGCGACACAUCAGCACAGCAAUUUUUUUUAAUUUCCGAAAUGGCGUCAUCUGCAAUGAUCACCGUCCCCACCACGGCCUCCCGCUUUGCCCUGCUCCAGAUCGACUCGGGUUCGGACUCGGACACCUCCGAACCGAGCAAGAGUACGACCAAGACCGGACGGGAGACCUCCGGGAAGCCCCGGCAAGGGAAGGCUGGAGGAGCCGCGGGGAAAGCAGCUCAGAACAAUGACAAGAAGAAAGACAAGAAAAAGAAGAAGAAGGAGCAGCAGCAGAGUGAGGCGAAUGAGUUGCGCAAUCUGGCCUUCAAGAAGAUCCCUCAGAAGUCGGCCGCCCCUCCUUGUAUGACGCUUUCAGGAAUCGCCAGUGAGCUUCUCAACCCCGCAACAGCCGACCACGAUAUACCUUCAGAGGGGUGGCAGCAGUGGAAGCAGAGAGAUGAGCAGAUAACCACAGAGCUGUAUGAAGCAGACUUGGAAAAGGCACUGAUUUUAAGCAAACUUGAGUAUGAACAACAAAAACAGCAGAGCAACCCAAACGCAUCCUCGCCAAAGUCGCGAGGAGGAAAAGAGGGUGCAGGGAAAAAAGACAAAAAAAAGAAUCAGCAGGCAAAAGACAAAAAGACGGUUUCUCUGCAGGACUUCCAGGCUGAAGGCAGCGCAGAACAAUUAAGUAGAAAACAAGAGAAAGAGGACACCAGAGCGUCUAACUUAGCGUUAGGUAUCGGGCAGGAGGAGCGUUUCUUUAACAAACUGGAAGACGAUGUGAGUCAGAUUAUCCAAAGGGAGAAAAGACGUGAGCAGUUCACAAACAGCCACGGACACGAAGUCACCACCUCCACAGAACAUGAGCCGGACCCCCGAGCAGAACAGCUGAAGUACGAGCUGGAGAAGAAAGAUCAAGAGAUUGAGAAGCUAAAAAAGACCAUCUCUCAGUGGGAGGUGAAAUAUAAAGAAGUGAAAGCGAGAAAUUCCCAGCUGCUAAAGAUGCUUCAACAGGGAGAGAUGAAAGAUAAAGCAGAAAUUCUUCUUCAGGUUGAAGAACUGUUGCAUAUUAAAGAAGAACUGUCAUCACAGGUAUCAUUACUACAUGGUGCCCUUGAGCAAGAACGGUCUAAAGUUAAAGGGCUUCAGUCAGAACAGCCAAAACAUCAGGGGAACAAGAAAGGGAAGAAAAACUCUGAGGUGGAUCUAUGAAGGUGUUGGAAGGAAAAUACCUGAAUACCUGAAAAGUAAAAUUAGUAGAAAAAGUACUGCUAUUGACUAUCAGGGUUUUCUCUUCUGUUCUGUUUUUAAGCUCGGGCUUCUCCUUGGCCCAUAAUGCAUGACUAUAAACUCUAAAAACAAAAACAAAAAAAUACAGUACUCUGGAACGUGGCAUGUUGUACUGCAUACACAACUGAACAGACAUUUAAGUUGGAGUCAAGUUGGCCCACCUCGCGGUCGAGUGCCGGUUGGCAGUUCUGUGUGCCUCAUCUUUUUCAUGGGCUGUUCUGCCAAGAUGACAGAUGUGAAUUGUAACUUUUAUUUUUGUUUGUGCUUCACUGUUAAGUAUAUAAAAGAUGUUUUCA